AUGGAGGCAAUAGAAAAAGUCGGGAAGGUUUUCGUUCUGGUGGGGGGGGGGGGGGGGGGGGGGGGGGGGGAUAUGGGAAAAAAAGUGGAGUGGAAAAAAGGCGUUCGCGAGCCGCUGGCGCAGCACCGCCUUGGGCAGGAAGCGCAGCCGCUGCAGCGUGAGAUGGCCGAGCGCGAGCGCCAGGCGCAGCGUGACCGCGCCGCGGCGCAGGCGCAGCCCGCCGCGGUGCAGCGCCAGGAGGGCGCCGCGGCUGCGCACCACCAGGAAGCGGCACUCGCUGCCACUAAACUGGGCGACGUCGAGGCCAAGGUUAAAGACGGGGAAGGACUAAAGGCUGCGCACCACCAGGAAGCGGCACUCGCUGCAACUAAACUGGGCGACGUCGAGGCCAAGGUUAAAGACGGGGAAGGACUAAAGGCUGCGCACCACCAGGAAGCGGCACUUGCUGCAACUAAACUGGGCGACGUCGAGGCCAAGGUUAAAGACGGGGAAGGACUAAAGGCUGCGCACCACCAGGAAGCGGCACUCGCUGCAACUAAACUGGGCGACGUCGAGGCCAAGGUUAAAGACGGGGAAGGACUAAAGGCUGCGCACCACCAGGAAGCGGCACUCGCUGCAACUAAACUGGGCGACGUCGAGGCCAAGGUUAAAGACGGGGAAGGACUAAAGGCUGCGCACCACCAGGAAGCGGCACUCGCUGCAACUAAACUGGGCGACGUCGAGGCCAAGGUUAAAGACGGGGAAGGACUAAAGGCUGCGCACCACCAGGAAGCGGCACUCGCUGCAACUAAACUGGGCGACGUCGAGGCCAAGGUUAAAGACGGGGAAGGACUAAAGGCUGCGCACCACCAGGAAGCGGCACUCGCUGCCACUAAACUGGGCGACGUCGAGGCCAAGGUUAAAGACGGGGAAGGACUAAAGGCUGCGCACCACCAGGAAGCGGCACUCGCUGCCACUAAACUGGGCGACGUCGAGGCCAAGGUUAAAGACGGGGAAGGACUAAAGGCUGCGCACCACCAGGAAGCGGCACUCGCUGCAACUAAACUGGGCGACGUCGAGGCCAAGGUUAAAGACGGGGAAGGACUAAAGGCUGCGCACCACCAGGAAGCGGCACUCGCUGCCACUAAACUGGGCGACGUCGAGGCCAAGGUUAAAGACGGGGAAGGACUAAAGGCUGCGCACCACCAGGAAGCGGCACUCGCUGCCACUAAACUGGGCGACGUCGAGGUCAAGGUUAAAGACGGGGAAGGACUAAAGGCUGCGCACCACCAGGAAGCGGCACUCGCUGCCACUAAACUGGGCGACGUCGAGGCCAAGGAAGCGGCACUCGCUGCCACUAAACUGGGCGACGUCGAGGCCAAGGUUAAAGACGGGGAAGGACUAAAGGCUGCGCACCACCAGGAAGCGGCACUCGCUGCCACUAAACUGGGCGACGUCGAGGCCAAGGUUAAAGACGGGGAAGGACUAAAGGCUGCGCACCACCAGGAAGCGGCACUCGCUGCCACUAAACUGGGCGACGUCGAGGCCAAGGUUAAAGACGGGGAAGGACUAAAGGCUGCGCACCACCAGGAAGCGGCACUCGCUGCCACUAAACUGGGCGACGUCGAGGCCAAGGUUAAAGAUGGGGAAGGACUAAAGGCUGCGCACCACCAGGAAGCGGCACUCGCUGCCACUAAACUGGGCGACGUCGAGGCCAAGGUUAAAGACGGGGAAGGACUAAAGGCUGCGUACCACCAGGAAGCGGCACUUGCUGCCACUAAACUGGGCGACGUCGAGGCCAAGGCAGCGGCACUCGCUGGCACCGACCUGGGCGUUGUCGAGGCCAAGGUUAAAGACGGGGAAGGACUAAAGGCAGAGCACCACCAGGAAGCGGCACUCGCUGCCACUAAACUGGGCGACGUCGAGGCCAAGGUUAAAGACGGGGAAGGACUAAAGGCUGCGCACCACCAGGAAGCGGCACUCGCUGCCACUAAACUGGGCGACGUCGAGGUCAAGGUUAAAGACGGGGAAGGACUAAAGGCUGCGCACCACCAGGAAGCGGCACUCGCUGCCACUAAACUGGGCGACGUCGAGGCCAAGGAAGCGGCACUCGCUGCCACUAAACUGGGCGACGUCGAGGCCAAGGUUAAAGACGGGGAAGGACUAAAGGCUGCGCACCACCAGGAAGCGGCACUCGCUGCCACUAAACUGGGCGACGUCGAGGCCAAGGUUAAAGACGGGGAAGGACUAAAGGCUGCGCACCACCAGGAAGCGGCACUCGCUGCCACUAAACUGGGCGACGUCGAGGCCAAGGUUAAAGACGGGGAAGGACUAAAGGCUGCGCACCACCAGGAAGCGGCACUCGCUGCCACUAAACUGGGCGACGUCGAGGCCAAGGUUAAAGAUGGGGAAGGACUAAAGGCUGCGCACCACCAGGAAGCGGCACUCGCUGCCACUAAACUGGGCGACGUCGAGGCCAAGGUUAAAGACGGGGAAGGACUAAAGGCUGCGCACCACCAGGAAGCGGCACUCGCUGCCACUAAACUGGGCGACGUCGAGGCCAAGGUUAAAGACGGGGAAGGACUAAAGGCUGCGCACCACCAGGAAGCGGCACUCGCUGCCACUAAACUGGGCGACGUCGAGGCCAAGGUUAAAGACGGGGAAGGACUAAAGGCUGCGCACCACCAGGAAGCGGCACUCGCUGCCACUAAACUGGGCGACGUCGAGGCCAAGGUUAAAGAUGGGGAAGGACUAAAGGCUGCGCACCACCAGGAAGCGGCACUCGCUGCCACUAAACUGGGCGACGUCGAGGCCAAGGUUAAAGACGGGGAAGGACUAAAGGCUGCGCACCACCAGGAAGCGGCACUCGCUGCCACUAAACUGGGCGACGUCGAGGCCAAGGUUAAAGAUGGGGAAGGACUAAAGGCUGCGCACCACCAGGAAGCGGCACUCGCUGCCACUAAACUGGGCGUCGUCGGGGCCAAGGUUAAAUACGUAGGACUAAAGGUGGUACAACGGCGGCUGCGCAUCACGAGAAAGCGGCCGCGCCGAACUGGGCGGAGUCAAAGACAAAAACGA